GUGCUCCGUUGGGAUGAGAUGCAUCGGCAACAACUCUGAAAAGGAUCAGUCAACCGAUUGCCACCAUCCUCCCUGCUACAGCCAUGCCCAUCGCAGAGCUUCUGGGAGUCCAGAUCGACAUGCAGCUGCUGUUGAAGCUGGGUUUCUCCGUGGCUGCCGUUCUGCUUGUUUCCUGGGCCUACAGCUUCUACAGCUCCAGGGAUGUUCAGAAGAUUCAGCUCUACUCCAAAGACAGCAAGAGGAAACAAAAAGAAACCUGCCAAAACUGCAAGACAACGCUGCGAUGUCGAAGCUCGCCACGACCUGACACCGAGGACGGGGACGAGCAGCCCCGGCCCUCGCCCACAGACUCGGCCACUGAUCACCUGACAUCUCACAGCCCAGAGGAAACGGCAACAGAGAGCUGUACACACCAGGAAACGACGGGAGAUGCAUCUUGUACGUCGUAUAAUGACCACGAGACUAUCGCUCAUCACAAGCCAACAACGGUUGCCACCAGUAAUAUUUCAUUUGGAUCUGCUUUGAACAUUCCUGAUCCGACAGAGAGUGGGAUGGCCAGUGCAACGGGGCGCCGUUCCCCGUGCUUUCUGCAGAAGCUGCAGGGCAGUGUGGGUGUGGGCAGGGAGUUGAGGCAGGACUUGGGGCGCACGGGGGCCUAUUCCAGCUUCCUCUCCAAGGCCAAGAUCAAAGUGGAAGAUACUAACGUGAUGCUGGAAGGAACAGGAGAGCGGGUUGUGCGUGGAAAGAUAUAUGAUUACUACGUGGAGUCUUCCUCUCACUCUGUUACUGACUCAAACACUGUGCCGGGUCAGUAUGAGAGGAGCUCUGAGCCGCAGCCAGUGGAGUUUAGAAGCCGUGGGAGCAGUCCGACAGAAUCUCCUUCCUCUCUGAGCCCCAUCGUUAUGCGUGAUCUGGUUUUCCCACAAAGCCCUGCUGAGGAUCUCUCCUCACCAGGAGGCCGUCAGCUACGGCACCCCGCAAGGCCUCCACUCCCACGCAGUGAGAGCUAUCUGUCUGCAGCAGAGCAGAGUGAGCUCUCCGUCCCCUUUGUAACUUCAACUGCUUCAACUCCACUGAUUCAUUCUCUGGCCUCAACGAGCAAGGAGCCCAUCUCUGUUCCCGCUAUGAAAAGUUCCUCUCCAGACAGCAGAGGCACUUGUGUGAUUAAGGAGGCUGAUCUGGAGACUGUAGCAGGGGCUCCACUUGUACACCUUCCAGCAAAAACCCUCGGUGGCACAUAUUUGGAAAGCCUGAUGACCAAACUUGAUCUGGGAAAUAGUUUGGAGACGCUGUACCUGGCCAAACAUCAUGGCCAGACGUCUGUGCAGCAAGCAGCCCUGGGGGUCAUGUCAGACAACUACCUCCAGGUGCUCAGAGACCCCAACAUUUACGGGCGACUAAUGGCUGGUGAGCGGGAACAAAUCCAGAAGCAAAGAAAAAGGGGGAGGAGAUUCAUCAUGGUGGCAGAUAUGGACCCUCAAGACUGGACGAGGGACACAAGGGAGCAGAGAGCGGAGACAGAGCAGAGAAAUACGUCCAGUGCACUCUACUAUUACGAUGACAACAAGGACUCCUGGCAAACCCUCUGCCUGAUCCCACAGGAGGUCGUCUCUAAUGCCUGCGCCAUGUGCACGAUGGAUAACUACUUAUUUGUGGCGGUGGGCUGCCAAGGUGCAGACAGAGAAAUGACGCCCUCAAAGCGAGUGUUUUGCUACAAUCCUCUGACAUCCAUUUGGAAGGAGAUCAGUCCCAUGAAUGAGGCCAGACCGCGUUGCAAACUGGCAGCUCUGGAGGGCUACAUCUACGCCAUAGGAGGGGAGUGCCUGUCCUCAGUGGAGCGCUAUGACCCGCGAUCGGACAGAUGGACGUUCGUGGCUCCACUGCCUAAUGAAACAUUUGCUGUGGCACAUCACGUCACCGUGAGCGGCGGAGAGCUUUUUGUUUCUGGGGGGACUCUGAGAUAUAUGCUGCUGCGCUACAGCCCCAAAACAAACACCUGGAGGCCGAGUGUGUCGGUUGGCAGCAGAGACAGAACCGCAGAAAUGGUGGCCGUGGGCAGAUUUCUGUAUCGGUUUGAUGUUAACCCCCUGCUGGGCCUCAGUGUGUACCGCUACCACACAGUGGCUCGACUGUGGUACGAGUGCUGCUCGAGACGGAUCCUGCACUGCCCCGUCUUUCAGUGCGUCACGAUGGAUGACUUGAUUUAUUGUGUCAGCCGCCAGUUCACCAUGAAGUUCGAGGCUGAUGAGAUCUCUCCUGGUUUCACAGAUGAGGAUUUGAGUGUCCUCUCUGCAGCCAAGGGCAUACUGUUCCCCUUUGUCCUCUCGCUCCCUGAUAAGAAGCCUCGGCAGACUAGUGUGUAGCAAGAAUUCAGUUUUCCGUUGAUGAUAAGAUUAGGUGGUGAUGGAGUAUCCCUGCAGUGGCUUUACAUCAACUUUCUUGUUGACUGAGGGGGUGCGGGGGGGGGUUGACUUCAAAUAUUAUCGUGACCACAGUUCUCAUUUCCUUCAGGUGUUUACAAAGGUUUUGCUUCUCAGAUUGUCGUCUAUUUGCAUUGGGCAUUGCACAAAUUAAUAUGUGUGUUUCUUAUGUGUUGGCCUCUUUACAGUACGUGUAAAGUAUUACACACAUUAGGGGAGUCAAAAUGCUAUUUGUUUAAAUUUACGCAGGCUGUGCUGCCAUGUAAAUAGUUUGCUUCUUUAAUUUGCCACUCUUUUCUUCCAUUACGUUAGUUUUAUAUCAGUCCAGAUGCUUAACCUCUCUCUCUCUCCCUCUCUCUCUCUCUCUCUCUCUCUCUCUCUCUCUCUCUCUCUCUCCUCUGCAGAGAGAUAAUUCACAAGUGCGUCUCACAGUAAAUGAGUUCAUUCAACUCUAACACAUUACAGAGAUUGGGCAUUGUAGUCCUAAUCUAUCACUGUGCAGCAUGUAGGGCACAAAUAUAACUUACACAGUGGCCUGGAUCCAAUGCAAUUAUCUACAGUUGCUCUUUAAACAUGACAGCAUGUAAAUGGUGUGCCACACAAUAUAAAUACGUGGUUUUCUACAAGAGUUUUAAAAGACUUUUCAUCACUGUCCUUGAAGUGUAUUUGUUUUCAUCUUUACUGAGCCUAUUCUUUGUUCACUGUAUGAAACUAAAUGCCUUUGAUUUGGGGAAAUAUAUUAAAUUUGCUGUUCACUGCAUAAUAAUACAAAGAAUAUUAAAGCCAAAUGUAUAUUUUGUAUUCUUGAA